AUGGAACCGCCGGCGCCAUCGAGUCCCCGGUUCACGCUCGAGCUCGAGUUCGUCCUCUCGCUCGCCAACCCGCACUAUCUGUCGCACCUCGCCGUCGCCUAUCCGCACCUGCUGGGCAUCACGACGACCAACAAGAGCGAGAGCAGGAGCAAGGGCGAGAGUGAAGCCUUCGCCGCGUAUCUCGCCUACCUCUAUGGCUACUGGCAGCGGCCAGACAAAGACCCAUGCCAGCUCGAUCCUAAUUGCGAGUCUCAGGCGGCUUCCGCCCUUUCCGCCAACGACGACACAGGAGCAGGCAGCGAGAUAGCCAACACGAUGCACUCCGUCCGCCAGGCAUGUCGACCGAAACACCAGGUCCUGGUGCUCAAGUGCUAUCCGCGCUUCCAGAAGGGCGUCCAGGUCGUCAAGCCCAACUCCUCCGAGCUCAGCUACCUGCUCUACUACGCCAGCACCCGUCGCAGUAAGCUGCAGAAGGUCGGGGCCUUUCUCGAAAAGCGCGCCGCCAGAGACGUCUGGAGGCAGAAGCUCGGGAAUGUGCAAGUUACGAUGCAGCUGCUGGCGGCGUUGAUAGAAAAGUUGCCGCGAGACCUGCCUCUCUACGCCAGCUCCGUGCUCACCAUCCUCGAUACCGUGCUGCACUCCAACGAUAUCUCAAUGGUAGAAGAGACCAUCCCGACGUUUCAGGUCUUUUGCUCGCAUCAGGACACCACCGCUCUCUCCGCAGACACGGAGUACAUCAACCAGUACCGCGGCGUCUUACGCAAAUAUGCCAGCUUUGCCUCCACCUCCCCUUCGCCCUCCACGGCCAGCAUGACGCCGCCCACGGCCCUGCGGUGGAGGAACGUCGGUCUACAGGCUGUCAAGAGCGUCGUGGGCUCAGAGGCCCUGGGGGCAGACUGGUCGAGGCAGCUCAACAUCGUGAUCCCAGUGAUCCUGCAGAGCCUCUACCACGAUGGAGAUCCGGGUUUGCUGCCACUGCAGCAGCGGGCACUGAGCUCCGAGAGCCAGGAACGUGAGCAUACCCGGCGACGACGGAUGAGCAUUGCUACCGUCCAGACCAUCGAUACCGUCGAUGGGAACCCGGAGUCGGCAGCGGGUACGGCCGCGGAUGCGGACAAGGCGGCCGAGAUGGAGGCGCAGGUGCUGGCCCUACGCUGUCUGGAGAAGAUAUUCACGCCGGGCAGUAACAAGGUGCAGAUCAGACUGGCUACCGCGCUCGUUCUGGACUUUAUAGUCACCAGAAGCCCGCCCCGGAAGGCCGUCGACGAGAAGCAAGGGGACAACGCCAACUGGGCCACCGACCUGCUGGAGGUCAUCGUCAAUUGGACACCCGUCCAGGACCGUUUCGUCAUCUUGGUCACCUUGGUCGAAGCCCUGGCUGAACGGCCGCUGGUGGACGGCCAGCUGGAGCCCCAGCUCACCCUCGUCUACAUGAUCGAAUGGCUGCUCAGCUCGCCCAUAAACCUCAUCGGCCUGAGUGUCAUGGACAUCCUCAUUGCCCUCCUACGCUAUAUCCUCCUCCUGCUCCAUUUAGGCGGGAAAAGGGCCAAGGUCGUGCCCCCGCCGAGCAACACCGCGUUUGCGCAUCCGCUUGCCCUGGCAGCACAGACGGACGAUGCUGCGGCAAGUUCGGCCACAGCCAGCGUUGAAGAUACGGGCCCGCGUCCCUCAUCGGGGCAUAUGCGACAGGAGCUCCUGCAGCUGUUGCAGUCUUGUGUCGCCAACCUGGCCAACCAUGUAUACUACACCGACCAGGUGUCUGAUAUGGUCAAGACGAUUGUAUCCCGCAUCAGACCUACUGCCUCCUUGACUGCUCAGGCCAACGUCUCAGACCAGGAGUCAGAGAAACCAGUGGAUGAAUCUGCGGUCUCGGAUUCAUACUUCUCCACGCCAACAGCCCAGAUCACGGCCCUCAAGGCGAUCAAGGAUACCCUAGUCGUUGCUAACGUCAAGCAGCUGUCCAAUAAUCCUGGCAGUGGUACGGGAUCUAGUACAAGCACACACUCUAGGCACCGUGUGCCUGUACAAGCCUGGGAAGGGACCCAAUGGCUGCUCCGCGACGCUGAUCCAGAAGUCAAGCACGCCUAUGUCGAGUCAUUCCUCUGCUGGCUGAAACUUGAGACCAACGAGAGCGAUCUCCGUGCCCCCGCUGAGACGAUAAAGGUGUGCAAGAAGCGAGAGCGAGAUCUCGCCGACGGAGCAGAGAAGCUGGUCAGGAGAGCUCUGCCUGUUCCAAGCCAGGACGACAAGCUGGCUGCUUGCGAUGUCUCGCGGUUCCUGCAACAUCUUCACUUUAAUGUAUAUGAAAUCGCUACCGAGCCCUCGGUUGCCGAGUCGGACAUCCUUCUCAUCUAUCUCCUGAUGGUUCAUCUCGUGGAGCGCCUAGGCGUUAAUGCUACCAGAUACGGCCUGCCCGUGAUGAUGAAGAUACAGUCUCACUACCUCGAAUCAUCGACAUCACCGUUGAAGGUGGGUAGUUUAGUACAUGGCUACCUUUCCGCCAUAGUCGAGAAGUUCAACUUGGAAGGCACCAAGGUGGGCAGAGAGAUACUUAACGAAGUGGUCAGACGAAAGAAAAACGGUCUCUGGCUACAGAAGAUCCAACUCCCUCCGCUUCCUGCAACCCAAAUACUCUCUGAACAGGCGUUGAACGCAAACAAGAACAACGCCGACUCCAUCGCCCAAACGAACAAGUCCGCUUACACCCCAUUCACCUCUCUUGUCGAACUGGUCUCCCAGAUCGAAAUCGCAUAUAACCAAUCCUGCCUCUCCCCGCCGUCUAGCCCGGCAAGUUCACCUAGCCAGGGCCAGGGACACGGCCUGUCUCAAGCCCGUCAACCACAAACCGCCCAACUGCCACCAUAUAUCAAGGAGCAAAUGCUCUCUCCGUGGUCAAGAGAAGCAUGUCUCGCCGCCAUCGAGCACGAACGUACACGAUCGUCUUCCAUUGCCGGCUCAAAGUCAGGAACUGGCGGUUCUGCUGCUGUCCGUAACCAUCUAAACGUCGCUGCUAGCAAGAACGGUACCGCCAGCUCUCCAACAGGCACCGACUCAUCGCACGGCAAAUGGCACCGUCCCCUUUCCGCAUCAGCUGCAGUUGCUACCCGUGGCGAAAGCCGCAAAGACCGUCGCCAAAGCCUUACUGAAAUCCCUCAUCCGCAUUCCCCGACCACUGCCUCAUCAAGCAAGGAUUCAACAGUCCGUGUGAAUGAGCUUCGCCGCGUCCUGUCUGUAAUGAACAGCUCGAACGUACGCCAUCCUAGCCCACUACGUGGUCACUCGAGGCUAGGAAGCGAUGCAGAUGCAUCCAGCGCAGAGAGCAUGGUCACCGAUACCUUCUCUGCUUCGGAUGCAGGAUUCAGCAGCGUUGGCCCUGGUGGCACUGCCGGCGCCGUGUUGGAGAAGGUUCACCUCGUACACACUCACGCCCAUACCGAUACUGGCGUCCCCAACCGUUCAAACGGUUACACCGAGGAAGUCGUCCCUCCCGUCCCUCUAAUGCCUGCGUUAUCGUCUUCUCUCCCCGCUCCUUCUGCUCGCCAAUCGCGUAAACAGACAGCCUCAGGCUCAGGAACCUCGAAAUCCAGAGAAUCCAGAUCCCUUACGCGCGCACGCUCAAAGAGUAGAACCUCAUCUACCCGUCGUGCCUCGUCUCCGCAACUAUCUACCCGCUCUCGCAACCAUAGUAGGAGCGGCGUAGACGCACAGGGAGAAGAUAGAUGGGACCCAAACCUAAGCAAGAACCCCAUUCUCCUACGCUCCGUUAGCCACAGUCGACGAGCAGAAGUCGAUAAAAUUUUAGACGGCAUUGCAGCGCCUGGCGAACAUGGAUAUGACGCCGAGCGAAUUGCUGGUUCUCAUGCCGAUGACGAUGUCAUUCCACAGCAUUCCUCGCAUGGCGGCGUGAAAAAUAUCCUCGCCUCGAGCAGGUCUGGUUCAACAAGGAGAGGAAUCGGCCCACCCCCAUAUUAA